CAGCCGUACAAAAUUUUCAAGUGCACGGUUUUUAUUUAUUUUCCAAAUUAUUCAUAUCUAUUUUUUCGAAAUGACAUCAAAAUUAUCGUAUUCAACAAUUGUAUCAAUAUAAAUACUUUUAAGUGAUAUGUAUUUUGAAUACAUGUACAACUUGAAAUAUUUUCAGCAAUGGCUUGGGGUUAUGACAUUGCUGCAGUUAUAAGAGGCUUAAGGCAGGUCCUGAGAGCUGGCGCAAGACUCCAACAGAAUUAUUAUAAGAAAAUAUGGCAAAAUUCAAGUACCAGACAAAUAGCCCAAAGUGCUGGGGCUUUGGCAAACGAUAAACUCAACAAAACUUUAAAUGACCCCACAACCGAAUUCAAAAACAACGUACAAAAUGUUAAAGAAACUGCAGAAAGGAUUGAUGUGUUCCUCGAAGGGGUUAAGAAGUUUGCUAUGCUCAAACUUAAUUUCAAACCCAAGGAUGAACCACAUCUGACUUUGGAACAAGUCGAGGAACUGUUGGCAAAACGAGGUAACACUAAGGAUUUGAACUAUGAUUGGGGGUCGAGGAAUAAUAAACAGUUUACAGGAUCGAGGAAAGGGUUUGUGGUUAAUACUAAAAGAUAUGCACAGAGUAAUUUUCAAACGAGGAGGCAUUUGGAUGAUGAUGAUGAUGAUAAGCCUAUUGUUAUUGAACCACAUUUACCUAAGUUGUCUGAAUCUGCAAAGCAAAGGAGAGUCCCUGCUUCACGCAUUGAACGCAUGGCAACUUUUGGAAGUCUGGCUGCAAGCUUAGGAAUUGGAACAUUAUCACAACUGGCUAAAGGAGCCCUAGGUUUGGGGGGUGCACCGACAGUCAAAAAAGCUUUGUUGUCUCCAGAGAAUGCAACGAGGAUAGUUGAUACAUUGUGCAAAGUUAGAGGUGCUGCUCUAAAGCUUGGGCAGAUACUUAGUAUCCAAGAUGAUUCAGUUAUUGCACCAGAACUGGCAUCAGUCUUUGAAAGAGUCCGAAAUUCAGCUGAUUACAUGCCUCUAAAGCAAGUUGAAUCUGUUUUACAGGCUGAAAUUGGUGAAAAUUGGAGAGAUCAUUUAAGUGAGUUUGAUGAAAAGCCUUUUGCUGCUGCGUCUAUAGGUCAAGUGCAUUACGGUGUAUUGCAUGAUGGCAUGACAGUGGCAAUAAAAGUACAAUAUCCUGGUGUAGCUCGAGGAAUUGAAAGUGAUAUAGAUAAUCUAGUAGGUUUAUUAAAUGUGUGGAAUGUAUUUCCACAAGGUAUGUUCAUUGAUAAAAUAGUUAAAGUAGCUAAACAUGAAUUAGCAUGGGAAGUUGAUUAUGAACGUGAAGCAAUGAACUCAGAAAGAUAUUAUGACUACUUCAGUGAUUAUCCUGAAUAUGUUAUACCUAAAGUUAUACGCAAUUUAAGUUCAGCACAAGUACUCACAACUGAAUUAAUGCCAGGCGUACCUAUUGACCACUGUUUUCAACUGCCUUAUGAAGACCGACAUAUGAUUGCUCAUUCAAUCAUGAAAUUGUGCCUUAGAGAGUUAUUUGUCCAUAGAUUCAUGCAAACAGAUCCAAAUUGGUCAAACUUUCUGUACAUCAAAGAAACCCAGCAACUAGCCUUAAUUGACUUUGGUGCUACAAGAGAUUACUCCAAAGAAUUCAUUGAUAAUUAUUUAAAAGUAAUCAAAGCUGCCACAGAUGACGACCGAGACCUUGUACUUAAAUUAUCUGAACACAUGGGCUUCCUCACAGGAUACGAAUCAAAAUCUAUGCGUGAGGCUCAUAUCAAUGCGGUCAUGAUUCUAGGAGAAGUUUUCAGUUGCAGAGGGGAAUUUGAUUUUGGAAAUCAGAGUACUACAAAAAGAAUUGCUGAUUUGGUACCUGUAAUGGUGUCCCAAAGACUGUGCCCACCCCCUGAAGAAAUAUACUCAUUGCAUCGUAAAUUGUCUGGUGUGUUUCUAAUGUGUGCUAAGUUGAAUGUUAAAUUGUCUUGUAGAAGAAUGUUUGAAGAAAUUUAUAAUAACUAUGAAUUCUCGUCAUAAAAUGUAUUGUUUAAAUAAAUAUUUUGCAGAUUUUACACACUUUAUU